CGGGAAGAGGGCAAGCGAACCAAAUUCUGAUCACAUCAAUGACCACACGACUAUCACAGCUCGUCAAUUGCACAGACACUUUGAACUUCCGAGGCGUGGUCACUGACCAGCACAGACGUAACCUUGCCUUUGACGCUACCCACCUCAGAACCACACUUGGCCGCAACAUCGCUUACUCAUGCAACAUUGUCUACGCUGACAUGAAGUUUUUUUUUGACCUAAUCGUCAUCUUCUAUUCUCCGCAGACCGGUGCGUCUAUUGAAACGACCACAGACGGGCCGGGUACCAUACACGGAGCUCAGCACUACACUUCAAGAACCCGUAGCUCUCGCCGUGGAAGCAAAAGCUUCUGCAAGCUUCGCUUAAUGCGCGUAUUUGAAUUCUUAACUCUGCAGGCUGGUUACUCUGUAAGGAGACGCUUAGAUCCAGCUGCACCUUGCCCGCGUCCUGCCAUCGAUCGGAUGAGAAGGGUCGAGUUUGAGCUUUCAACGACGCUAAGGGUGCUCUUCAACUAGGAAGACUAAAUCUCCAAUAAACGAUGCAGCCUCGCCACCAUUGAUGAGACGGUUAUAAACUGGUAUCCAGUUUUUCGCCCGUUCCUGAGCCAUAAACAGAAUGUCGAGUGGCUUGUAGGCAGAAAAUAGUACGAGCGUGUACCUUUCCGUCCCCCUGAAACAAUAUGGGU